GUGUAUUGAAUUUCGAAUCAUUAAUUGACUCUAUGCUUGAGAAAAGGUAAUAAAGUAACAUCAAACGAACGGUGGGUAUAUGGAUUCACUUCUAGGCUUCUAUGCAUGUGUGUUACAUUUGGAACCUGGAACUGUUGUAGUCGGAAAAAAACUCGUCGCAGUGGUGUGUAUGCGCUUUCACUACGUUGUACGGAAACGAUGCAGACGUUCGAAUGAAUACUGAUGCAGACGAACUUUUGACGAUUUGGAUACAGAUACGAAUAAGUUGUAAUGUUAAACUAUGGAAAGCCCUGCUAACAACCUCCUAGCCGCUCAUUCCGGUCUCUCCUUGUACACGAACUCGAUCAGCUCAACAGUACCGGGCCUCCUAUCCUCGAGCCCCACCCUGGACGCUUCCGCCUCCCGUCUCACCGGAAACAGUUCCUGGCACUCCCCUUACUCAGCGGAGGGAGCGCUCGGAAAUAACUCUUGUUCAAUGGCGUCGUACGGGAACCUCCCGUUGGGAGCGAGUUUUAGCAUGAACAGCAAGGCGGCUUAUGGCUCGUUCGGGGGAAGCUCCGACUAUUUAAACUGUAGACAAAUGGUGAAUCACAUGUCGCCGCUUAAUCCUAUGCCAAUGCGAAAUUAUCCGUCAAUAUACGGGGACAAUCUUAUGUACCAGGGCCACACCGGAUAUACAAAUGGCGGAUAUUUUCCGGAUAUGACUGCCGGGAUACCGCCAUUUCCCGGUCGUGAUCUGGACUGUCGGCAGCCACCAACGGAAUCGGAAGGAGAAUCGAAAGGUCGAAAGAAGAGAAAGCCGUACACGCGGUACCAGACCAUGGUUUUGGAAAACGAGUUUUUGAAUAGUUCGUGUAUAACAAGACAAAAGCGAUGGGAAAUAUCAUGUAAAUUGCAACUAACUGAGCGGCAAGUUAAAGUUUGGUUUCAAAAUAGGCGGAUGAAACGAAAGAAGUUAAAUGAAAGAGCUAAAAAUAGACUGCGAGAAGAGGCUGAUAUCAAAGACGUACCACAAAUCCCACAACAGGCACAUAGUCAGCACCCCCAACAUCCCGCCCUGUCCGCGCAUGCGCAUCCUCACGGGCAUGCGCACUCGCACUCACUGUCACAACAACACUUACAAGCUUGAUGACUGACUUUAAAGUUAAUCUACAUUUGGGGGUGUUCUCAAAUCAUUUAACACGUGUUUUUCUAGAAAUUGUGCCGAUACUUGCCCUUAAAGCGCUCGCUAGUCAAAACGCUUCUUAAGAUCGCGUCACGUGACACGUUGUUAAAUGUAAACCAGGGUGCUAGAUCCGGACAGAGUUUUCAAGCAUGUUGACACGUUUAGUGGCAGACGUAAACUCAAAAGUGUCACUUUUCGGUUGGUCAAUACCACUGAUCUCUUGCCAAUAGAUGGCGUGUGCAAACAAGCUCAACGAGCAUAAUGUCCCAUUCGGCCCUGAGUUGGGCAUCUCCCCAAGUCACCCGAGCAAUUUUCAUUUAACACUUGUGAUUUAUUCCAUGAUUAUUUAAAUAAAUAAACGCGUGUAAAUAAGUGAAUUUGUUAUUGAAUAUUCAUAUCGUGUAUAACUGUCUAUUGUAAUGAGUAUUUAAACGUGUGCAAAAGUGCUAUAUAUCGUUUGUGUAGGUGGGAUUUACGGUUUAAGGGCGUCUGUGGGUAUUUCCUUCUGGGAAUUCUAAUUUUAGUAUCAGGUCAUUCUGACGUCAUUCGUUUUUGACAGAGUCCAACUGACUCCAGACUUUAAGGUGAUGAAUAUCCGGAUACCGUCGCUUGCGAUGUUGUCUCGUCUAUUCGUUGUUGCUUCUGAGUUAAUUUUGCAUGAUAUUUCCCCAUGAACCCGGAGAUAUCUUCCAGGAACAACCCUAGACAAAAAUUCUUCAAGUCAAGUUCUCGUGACGCAUAGAAACAAUCAACUGAACGCACCUCUCGGUUUGCUGUGUAUUGUAAUAAGACAAACAUGGCAAAAAUCAACGACAUUCUUAAGAAAAGUUAUCUGGAUUUUGGAACAUUCACACUGCGUUCUAGAGUAUCUAUUGUAGUGUGUUUAAUGAUACGCCAACGUUCUCACGUUUUUUGCAGAACGAAGAUUAAAUAACUGUGAACGAAUUUCCGUUUCAACAAUAACUAAAUCAUCGAAAACACAAGAAAGGAAGCAGGACUUCGAAGCAUAGUAUACAACAUUGAAAGACACUGGAUGCUUUUAUAUGUAUAAAAGACAAAAUGAACGGGUUUUGUAGUAUAUUUUUUAGAAAACAAAUCGUUGUGAUGUUGCCACAAAAUUUACAAAUGCUUUUUAUGCAGCUUGCAUAUGAAUUAAAACAAAUCAGUUUGUAUUCGUAUGUAUUUGUUUUCGAAAAAUGGAUUGAAAGAUGUAUAAAAUGUUGAGUAUCAAUAUCAGGGUUAAUUUAGAAUAGUACUCAGACGUCGAUUGCUUUCUAUGUUAAAUUAUUUUCAUUUGCAUAUGGUCUCUCGUAAAAGAGCUUUGUAAAAUAAUAAUUCAUGGCCAUGUACCGCGAACGCUUUUGAUUCGAUUAUGUUAUCAAUAUUUUAAAUUUUUAAACUGGUUAUAAUCGGUAGCGAUUUCACCUUUGAAACAGGGAAUAUUAAAAAUUCCUAUAUGAAGCGUGAUUAUACAUUUUUGUCGAUUUUGUUUAAAAGCUAAAAAUUGUAUUUUCAAGUUAACCUGUAUCAAAAUAAUAAUCUUAAUACCACUUUUACUCCCUGGGCAUUUAUCACUUACAACUGAUACCUACCUAUGAAAUUAUUUACAAAAUUCCAAAACGACUGUGCAUGUUGUUGAAGAACGCUGUUUUUUUAUUAAAUUUAGUUAAGAUAUCAUAAGUCGUAACUAUUGAUAGUUUUCAUUAUCUUUUUAAAGGUAUCGAUUUAAUAUCAGAGAAACCAUGCAGUUUAAAAAAUAUAUAUCCGAUAAGUAUAUGAACUAUGACCAUGGACAUGUAUUGAAUGUUAAAAUUCAGUCUUAGAUUCUAUUUAAAACAAGAAGGAACACGCACAUGGCAAGAAUUCAUAAAGCUGUGUCACCCAAUACCUUUAAUUAUAUGUAGCUGUUUGCAAAAAUUGUGAACAUAAAAUAAGUUUUAUUGGUUCACUCCAUCACCGGUAUUAAUGACGUCAUUAUUGAGAUAAAUUUUAAAAUUAUGUUUUGUUAAAUGAAUAUUAUAGGAUAAGUUAUAAUAAUUAAUAAAAUAUAACGUAUAUGUGUUACGAGCCAGUAAAUUACUUGAAUGUUCAUAUUUUACUUUUCAUUUUUUACCAAAUAUCCGAAUUGAUGUAUUGGAUUAUAGCUAAUUUCGUAAAAAUGAUGACGUAGAAGCUUUGUUUUCUUCAACCGCUACGGUUGUGUUUCAUGAGUAUUUGUAUGUAUAUUUAUCAGUUAAAUGCACGUGGUCCCUUCCUGGCACGCACGUGUUUAUGUUGUUUUAUUUUACCUCGCGUUGUUUGCGUAAAUGUGAACA